GUAGUUGUAACCCAGAACAGCCAUCAAACAAAUCUUGGUCAAGAGAGAGUAUGACUUCCCAGUGGCAGUACUAAUCCUACAUGACUAUUGGUUGUGUAACAGGUAUGGGGUCCUGAAUUUCAAGACACGGAAGGCCAUGCUGAUGAGUGGGAGGUGAUCCCUGCUCCCCAAGCCAGUCUAGUACACUCUAGGGACCUCUUACCUGGUUUGUAUUGGGCAGCAGUUUUGGAAGGGCAAACAAGAACAAGCAUGCUGGUUUUGAAGGUCUGUGGUGUCAUUCUGUUGACCACGUAGGUCUACUGGUUUUCAUUGGAGUCAACUGUCAGACCCAGAUAGUGAAAAGAAGAGCAGCUGAGAGCAGCGUAUGAAUGUAAUUUGAAUUUUGUUUUUCUUGUCACAGUCAAAUCUCUUGAUUAAAACCUUUUUUCAGUUGUUGGCAUCAAUAAGAUUACUUUUUAAUUCUUGUCCCAUCCUCCCCCCCCCCCCCCCCAAAAAAAAAAAGAAGAAUCUGUGGUCAUUUUAGAGACUAUCAGUGUCAUUCUCAAAAGAGAAGUCACUUUACAGGUUGCUGGUUCUCUAUUUCAUGCACUCCAAAUGGACACGGAAUUUAUAAAAAUCUUUCUAAAGCUGGAGAGGAAUACAGACAGGAUGUAUACAGAACUGUAGACAUUCAGCUUAUUAUUUAUUACCAGGCCUAUCUUUCUCAUGGCAGGUUUGUCUAGACCCUGUGGAAAGUAAAAUGCCUGCAGUUAUUUCAGCAGGCAUUAUUUGUUGAACCAAAAGAAUAGAAUGAACUUUAGGCCUACAUCCUUGCUAUUUUACUUAGAUGUUUUUUAGGAUAUACUCCCCAGUCCUUGUUAGAGACCAUCCUAAGUUCUCCGUAUAGCAUUUAGUUCUGCAUUAGCUAAUUGCUGUUAUCUAAUACCUCUCUCUCCUACUUUGUUUGUCUGCACUAAGAGCCAAAUAUCUUAAACUAAUGCACUUUUCACUGAGGUCUGGUAAGGAAGAAUGGGACAGUGAGGUUACUAUAUUACUACUAAAAUCAAUGUUGGUACAUCAGUUUACAUCUGCUGAUCACGGACCUGCAGAGUCAGAGACUUCCUGCAUUUAAUUUUGAUUUCAGAUAGUUGAGCUCUCUUUUCUUUUAAGUUUAUGCUGCGAGGUAACCCUCAUAUCACCUGACUGGGUCUGGCCAGGGUUAGAGGUUCUGGUCUCUGACCAGGACAGUUCUUAUAAAUAAUGGUUCAUAAAGCUCCUCUAGUUCAAAAAGCAUUUGGACACCUCUCUCAGACACAAGGUUUGAAUUUCAGGUGGUUCUGUCUGGAGCCUGGGGUUGGGUUCAGUGAUACUUGUGUGUUUCUUCCUACUCAGAAUAUUCUGUGAUUUCAGUUUGUGAAAUUGCUUUAUAAUUCAUUCAUGGAAACUUACCGUUUGAAAAAAUAAUUAUGUGUGUCCGAGCAGAAAUCAAACAUGUUUGACACUGUGAUAUAAAAUGGAAUAGCAAGCUGUUGAAGUAUAGCCAUUAAUGGAUGAUGAUGAUGUACUUCCUGGUAGCUAGCCUGAAAGACAGAAAGCUUUGGCAGGUGUAGAUGAAAGUACGUGUGUGGUACCUUUCAUAACAGAUGUAAUUUAGCUGUACCUCAAGAGCAUCAGAUGGCUUUAUUUAUCAGAACUAGAGUUAUAAAACAAACAAAAAGCUUAAGUCUGAUUAUUCAUACUGCUAAGCAACAGGUUUAAAAAUUCAUUUUGCUGAAGACUUCCUGAGCUUUUCUUUAAUGUUACACUGGACAUUUUAAAUUCUUUAUUCAUGUUAACAUUAGCCUCUGCUUGAAGGGAUUCUUCCAAGUUCAGCAUUAGACUAAAUGAAAAGUAGACAUGCAAACUCUCUCAAUUGGGUUUCCUACAACACUUACUGGAUGUAAUUACACUUGGAUUUUACCAAGGGAUUUUUACAGUGCCAGUUGCUUUCUGCUGAGCAUUUUCCUAUACAUUAUUGCUCUUCUUUCACUAAGGCUGCAAACCAUAACUCUACUUGAUUUUCUAAGGCUUAUCAUUAGAUGGUAUCUUGAUAUCUUAUGAACAUUUGCCAUAGUAGCACUUCCAUAAACAAAGGAGAAAAGUCUAUCCUCUCACAUAGAAUAGGAGAUGAAAUGCAAAUAAAGUUAUAUUUACAGUAGACACUAAUUUAGGUGGCUAACUUAAGAUGCCAGAAUAUUUCAUAUUACAGAAAUACUUUAUAUAUUCAAAGCAUCAUUAUCACUGGCCGCAGCUGUAAUUGCUGGUUACUUAUAAAAAUCAGCUCCUCUCAUGCACCCAGAAAAUGAGAAAGAUGUUUAGUGAAAGCUUCAGAAAAACUGGUAUGGAAUAACCUACCUAAAAACAUAUGGCAACAGAGGUACCACAUGGAUAGAGAACGUUAGAAAGAAUGGACAGGAGAAAAUGGACCUUCACAAAGCUCCAGUUUGGGCAUUAGUUCAUGUAGACACCCAGGACAGCAAGGCUUACAAGGUUCAGAAGUAAGAAACAGUAAAGGCUGCAGUUCAGAACAAAAUGGUCUACAGGGGAAAGAAAAAAAUAAAAUAAAAUAAAAUAAAAUAAAAUAAAAUAAAAUAAAAAAAGAAAGAAAGAAAGAAUGAAAGAAAGUAGUUUCUGUACAGGCUGAACUGCUGCACCUGCAGUGUCACUUUACUCAUGCACAGUGCAGCUACUUCCUGAAACAGCAAGCAACUGUUGAAGCAGAAUAAUAGAAUAAUAGAUAAUUUUAGUUGGAUGCAACCUUUAAAGAUCACCAACACCCCUGCAAUGAACAGAGACACCUACAGCUCAAUCAGGGUGCUCAGAGCCCCUCCAUGCUGACCUUGAGUGUCUCCAGGGAUGAGGCAUCUACCACCUCUCUGGGUUUGUUCCAUUGCCUCACCACCCUUACUGUAAAAAAUUUUCUCCAACAUAAAUCUCCCGCCCUUUAGUUUGAGGCCGUUUCCCCUUGUCCUUUUACAAGAGACCCUGCUGAAGAGUCUGUCCCCUUCUUUCUUACAGCCCCCCUUUAUAUCCUGAGAGGCCACUAUUUGGUCUUCCUGGAGCCUUCUCUUCUCCAGGCUGAACGGCCCCACCUCUCUCAGUCUGUCCUCAUAGGAGAGGUUUCCGUCCCUCAGAUCAUCUUUGCAGCCCUCCUCUGGAUGUGCUACAACAGGCCUAUGUCUAUCCUGUACAGAGGACUCCACAUCUGAAUGCGAUACUCUAGGUGAGGCCUCACCAGUGCAGAGUAGAGGGGCAGGAUCACCUCUCUCACCCUGUUGGCCAUGAUUCUUUUGAUGCAGCUCAGGAUAUGGUUAGCUUUCUAGGCUGUGAGGACACUUUGCUGGCUCAUGUCCAGCUACCUAUCCACCAGUAAAAAUAGCCUAUAGUACAAUGCAGACUUUUGGGCUUGCACAUGGGCUAUUAGAAAUAUUCAAAUGUACUUAUUUUUUUCUAGGCAAACAGCAUGCACCAAUCAUAGUCAAAUCCAGCAUUUGAGAAAGGCAACAGAGACUACUCUGUGUGAGAACAGAGGCUCCCCAUGAUUUGCUUAUUGAUGUGUAUGCCCUUAUGGGCAAUUUUAUUUUUUAGUGGCUUUCAGUUAGAGUAGCCACCUUCAGACCAGAAUUUCAUGGAGAGUUGUCCUGUCUGUUCAGCCUCAUGUCCUCUCUGCCACUUUGCCAGGCCCACACUCUCCUACCUCCUAACCCAAGUGAGCAUGUGGAUGUUGUGACCUGAGCCAUACACGUCCUGCUCAGGACUCAGAGAAACCUCAGAGGAGCAGAAGCUGACUUUCCAUUGGUGCAACCCACUAGCUGACACAUGGAAACUAACCCAAAAUGUGUCCUCUCACUUGGAAUUACUUCUUACUGAAAGGACUCUCUUUCUUGGGAUCCACAGCAAUACUGAAACUUGCUGUUAGAAGAUGCAGAUGCUUAUAAAUGGGCUUUAAAAAUGAGCAAGUUGUGAUCUGAUCACUGCUGAUUUAUAGUUUGUCCAUACUUAGCUAUAGUUCCUCUGGGAUGAUAAAAGAGAUACAAAUAGGCAAUCAACAUCUAUUAAGUCUCUGCUACAAAACAUAUUGAAACCAUCAUUGUAAAUAGAGGAUAAGCAGAAGUUUUCAAUCAGGAAGAAACAACAUCUUUUUUUGUUUGCCUUGCUCUCAGGUACUGUAGAAGUAUCAAAACUGAAUUUUCUUGAAAAUACCCAGUCUGGGAUAGACAGGUCACAUUUCCCGAGAUUACUCCAAUUGCUAAAGUUUGACAAAGUUUAACAAAACUGAAAGUAGGGCCCUGAAAUGGAAAACAUCAGGCUAUCAAAAUGACAGUUUAGUGCCGUUAAGCUAGACUUUGAACAUAACAAAUGUGGUUUUUUUUGUUGUUGUUGUUGUUUUUUUCCUGUAUGCAUCUUUACAUGAGCCUGACUUACUUCAGAUGGGUUCAUCUUUGCAUAUGCAACUGGCUGGUGACAGACAAGAUGUAUUGUCUGCUUAUCUUUUCUGAAUAGCACGUAUCUACGUCUCUAGAUGAGAUUUUCCCACCAGGCUGUAAUCCAGAAGCAGACCGAAGCAGACAGCUGCCAAGCCGUGGGCUCUGCAUGGGAUGAGUCACUAUUGUGCUGUAUCUGCAGGCUGCACCAGUUUGUCAUGAGGAAGUAGCUCCUGAGCAGCUUCCUUCACAACAAAAAGAGGAAACAGCUGUAAGUGCACCUCAGCAUUAGGACAAGUCUGUAUCACAUAGCAGUGUGGAUUUGAUACCUCAGUAAGGAUGCAGCUGUGCUGUGAAUCGGUAAAUGGCUCUUGUGUAAAGAGCAAUUGGUCAAACAGUAUCCGUAUUUCCAUGUAUAUCUUCAUGGUUUGCGUUAUUCUGACCACAGUGAUUGGAAAUCUAAUGGUUAUCAUCUCAAUAUCACAUUUUAAGCAGCUCCACACUCCUACCAACUUCCUGAUAAUUUCCAUGGCUACAGCUGACUUUUUGCUGGGAUUCCUCAUCAUGCCUUGCAGCAUGGUGCGCUCUGUUGAGCACUGCUGGUAUUUUGGGGACUUCUUCUGCAAGAUCCACACAAGCACAGACAUCAUGCUGAGCACGACUUCCAUCUUCCAUCUUUCCUUCAUAUCCAUUGAUCGUUACUAUGCUGUGUGUGACCCUCUCAGGUACAAAUCAAAGAUAAAUGCUUUUGUUAUCCUGGUCAUGAUAUUGGUAAGUUGGACUGUCCCUGCAGCUUUUGCUUUUGGGAUGAUCUUUCUAGAACUAAAUUUGCUAGGGGCAAAAGAGAUUUAUAAUCACACCCAUUGUGCAGGAGGAUGCUUGGUCUUCUUUAAUGAAACUUCAGGUGUCGUCACCUCCGUAGUGUCUUUUUACAUCCCUGGAUUAGUUAUGCUGUUCAUCUACAGGAAAAUAUACUCUAUAGCCAAAAGGCAAGCAAGAUCCAUUGAUGCAGUUAGCAAAAAGAAGAAAAGAUAUGAAACGAAGCACAUUUCAUUCUGCAGAGAAAGAAAAGCUGCAAAGACAUUGUGCAUAGUAAUGGGAGUAUUUCUCAUAUGCUGGAGCCCAUUCUUCUUCUUUACAGCAACUGAUCCAUUUAUGAAUUAUGCAGCACCUCCUGUUCUCACUGACACUUUGGUUUGGUUUGGUUAUUUAAAUUCUGCAUUUAAUCCCAUUGUUUAUGCAUUCUUUUACAUGUGGUUUCGCAGGGCAUUAAAGACUAUUCUGUUUGGAAAUAUUUUUCAACAGGACUCAUCAAGAACUCAGUUAUUUUUAGAGUAACAUCCUUUACGUAGCUGGGUCCGUGGCACUGAGAUUUGCCUGCAACUCUGGGAGGCAAGAGCUGAAAAUGACAGAAAAAAACACUUAUUUGUUUGCUUACUUAUCAAAUUUGGUUCAAGCAGAUAAGUGACUAUUUUGUUUUAUGUCUCCUCUCACUCUAGACUGGGAAUGGUAGGUAUGUAGUGUUUUGGUUAUAGCUAUUCAUAUGACAUAUACAGGAAAGCAAUGUUGGAGCAAUUUAUAAACUGCUUUUCUCCAUUAAGAAGUGAUUCCUAAACAACGGAUUAAUAUAUAUAUAUAUAUCUGUAUAUUUACCAUCCUCUGGAACUAACAGAAAAGCCUUUUCUUUUGAAUUUUUAGAUGACUUUGAGUAAAAUCCCAAAGCUUUUAUGUUUUGCGCCUCCCCUUCAGUAUGUGUGCGGAAGUCGGAAUAUCCUAAUACACAGCCAUGUCAGUACACUCCAAGGAGGGAGGAUGGGACAAGGAGAAGUCAUGCUGUUCCUUCUCUUUACAUUUUAAUUAGUGCUUCUCACUUUUGUGUUUAUCACUUACAGGUUUUGCUGCUUAAUGAGGUCAAAAACAUUUUUAAUGAAAUCCAAGAUAUGGAAAAUAUGUCAUAAGAAAUGAAAAGCAAUUGAGAAAAGUGGUUCUGAAUCUGACAUUACCUGAAAAUGAUACUUUCACAAUGAAAAUUCAAUGUUAAAUAUGCUCAAAUUUGCCUCUUUCAACGCUUUUCUUUCCUUGAGCAUAUUGUUAUUUUGUCUGAUAGCAAUGCUGUGACAGCCAGUGAGGAAUCUAUAUGCAGAACUGUUGUAGAAAUGUUGCAUCUGGCCCAAACGUAGGGUGAGCGGGGCAGGGUGGAUGUGGGAGCACUGUGAGGAGUGGCAGAAGAAGGGCCAUAGAAAUGUCUCGGGGUGAUGAUGCCUGGGCUGGCAAGCUCUCAAGAUUACAUCUGUGUGUGGCUUCUUUGGACAUCCACCAACCACAUCGGGACUCAAAGGACAGACAAAUAAGUCAAAAACUAUAACAAGGUCACCAGUUGAAGAAGGCCCACAGGCUGUAAUUUUCUCUAAUUUUUUUGCCUAUGACCUGGCUUUGCUAGAAUUAAUGUAUCAUCAAACAGAAGGAAAUAACACCUCUGGCCUGAUCCUGUGACAUCUGGUUGGAGCAUGGACUAGUUCUGGAAAUGGACAGUAAAAAAUUAGUACCUGAGAAGUGCUAUGGUGUAACUGAUGAUUUGAUGUUGACGUAAGAGCUAUGCUGAGCUGUAAAUGUUGUCCUCCAUUUGUGUUGCUGGGAUAAGCACACACUCUAUGUGUAUCUUCUUUUUUUGUGCUCCUGGAGCACUGAUGCACUCUGCACUGUAGAGCGUAAGAGUUCGAUGAUACUGCAUUUCAGCAGAGCAAAUAAAAAAACAGGAUCUGAGACUCUCUUACAAUGCUAUUGUAAAGUUAGCACACUCCAAAAUGACAAAAAAAAAAAAAAAAAAAGGAACAGUGACUGAAAUAUGCAACACUUCAGCUUUGUACUGUGGAAGAUAAUCCUUAAUUGUGACAACAUGACUACUUUAAUACUUUAUCUCAGAGAAAUAAAGUAAUUUGAGAUUUAAAAAUCUACCUUUCCAAUAAA